GGAAUGUGGCUGAAACUCACUUUGGUUUGCUUUGCUUAUCUUUAACUUGGGUGAAGGGGCUAGAAAGAUUAGCAAGUUGUUUGGUUUUUCCAAGAGAUUUCCUUAGUGUAAUGAUAUCUAUCCAGUUGUUUGCUUUUUUCAGAAGGGAGAGAGCACUCCUGCAAGACGACUAGCACAGCGGUAGACGGCUGAUGGCUAGAAAAUCCUGCAUGGAGCAAACAAGGAGGUAGAAGGUCUAGGAAAAAGGUAUAGGGCUAUGAACCAGGUAAUCACCCCAAAAGUACGGCCUUGUGGUCUAUGUCAGCGUUUGGGUGGGAGCUUUUUGGUUUCCCUCUCUUCUCAUGUCGGAUUUUAAUUGAUGCAUGUGCUCUCGAUGGAGUUGGAAAAGGCAAAGCUUUCCGUUUUACUUCUGAGGAGAUCUGAGGAAAAUCUGUUUUAGAAGCAGAGCCGUUUGAAUGGAGAGAAAAUAGCAAAUUUAAAAGCGCGCUUUAUUGCUCCUCCUCCUGCGAGUGAGAUGACGGAGCUGCUUUUCUUCUUUUUAUAACUGGAAAACUGCGUUUACAUCUGCUAAUUUCUCUCUGCUGCCUGUUUGUUCUUUGGUUUCUGGGAAUCCUAAUUAGAGAGAGCCAUCCUGGUAGUUGUUGCUUUUGGGUUGUUUUGAAAACGAGCAAGAAAAACUCGCUCACACCAUCUUUGUUUUUCAAAAUUAUUGUUUGUUGUUGUUUCUGAGUGGGGCUUGGAUUUCAAAUGCCAGGCAGGACCUGUUAGCACUAACAGUAAAUGACUAGGGCUUUUCACACAAAGGGAGUAAACCCUCUUUGAGUGACCUUGAGAAAGAAAUGUUAACUCUUUUUGUGUGAAGGUGUUGCCUAUUCCUGCAUAUGUGAAUUCAUUUGUUAAAACGUGAAGGGGUUGUCUGUUCCUUUAUAUGCAAAUUCAUUUAUUAAGACAUCUUGGAUACACAUUCAUAAAAAGGAUAAAAUUAAAUAAUUGUCCUCUUCAUCCUUUGGAAAAGAGGACAACAAAAUAUACAUAAAAAUGUGAUCCACUAUAUUCCCUAGUUUGCAUCAGUAAUCCAAACAUACUGCUCAUUUGGGUUGCUGGAGGGGAGCAGGAGGUACCUGAAGUGUGUAAGUGGACAAGCUGGUCAUUAAUUGACUCGUGGUACUGCCAUGAAUCAAGCCUUUGCUACCUUGAACGAAGUGAAAAUGGUGAAGUGAAAAUGGCAUUGUGCAGAAUUGUUAGAGUUGCACCUGGCUUUGAGGUGGUUUUUGACUUCUGGAGGCUGCUAGAGAGUUUAGCUAUGCUUUAAUGGAGAUGUGCAUGGAGGGUGGGAGUCUAAUUCAUCUACAGCCAGCACUUGGUAGAGGUUUUGUGUUAUCUCGUAGCAGUGCUGCUGCUGUCUGGCGCAAACUGACUGUAUUUACUAAAUGCAACUUUGGUCUUUUAUUUGGUUGAACAGUCACCUGUUUUUCUGUGAGGCAGACUGCAAGAGUUUGUGAUGCAAGCUCAGAGCAGUGUGCAUGCAAACAAAUAAGUCCUGGCUGUGAGAACAGCUCUGCAGUUUCUGUUCCUGUUCUGCUCAGAGCGGCAGGGAGCCCCACGCUGCUGUGAUGCCUGGGCUGGGAUGAGCAGGUGGGUACCUCCCCAGGGACACCGGCCACGGGGCCAGCACCGAGGGAACUCUGCAGCUCACCGUGCUGCCCUUGUGACCUUCCUUCUGGAGGAGUCACUCCUCUGGUGCCACGGUGCUCGUGUCCACGUGGGAGCAGUCACAGAGUCGCAUGGUACAGUGAACUGUGGCUUCUGGUUUGGCUUGGGGGUUUUUUUGGCCACUCGCCGUUCCUUUCCUUCCACUAAACGGUGAUCCCGGUGAUGGUAAGGAUGAUUUCUGUCAAGCUUACUGCUGAAAGACAGCUCUCCCCAAGAGAGAGGAAGGAACCUCACUCUGCCGAUGAUGGUUUUUGAGUCAUGAUGCAAGAAUCUGGGACUGAGACAAAAAGUAACGGUUCAGCCAUUCAGAAUGGAGCGAGCGGUGGCAACCAUUUACUAGAGUGCAGCCUGCGGGAAGUGAGAUCAAACGGCGAGACACCUUCCGUUGAAAUUGGGGCUGCAGAUUUAGCACAUCUCCAGCAACAGCAGGCUCUCCAGGUGGCACGACAGCUUCUCCUGCAACAGCAGCAGCAGCAGCAACAGCAGCAGCAGCAACAAGUUAGUGGAAUAAAGUCUCCGAAGAGGAAUGACAAACAGCCAGCCCUUCAGGUUCCAGUGUCGGUGGCUAUGAUGACACCUCAAGUGAUCACUCCCCAGCAAAUGCAGCAGAUCCUCCAGCAACAAGUGCUAACUCCCCAGCAACUCCAAGUCCUGCUCCAACAGCAGCAGGCACUCAUGCUUCAACAGCAGCAGCUUCAAGAGUUUUAUAAGAAACAACAGGAACAGUUGCAGCUUCAACUUUUACAGCAACAACAUGCUGGAAAACAGCCUAAAGAGCCCCAGCAGCAGCAAGUGGCCACGCAGCAGUUGGCCUUUCAGCAGCAGCUCCUACAGAUGCAGCAGUUGCAGCAGCAGCAUCUCCUGUCCCUGCAGCGUCAGGGGCUGCUGACCAUCCAGCCCGGGCAGCCUACUCUGCCUUUGCAACCCCUUGCACAAGGCAUGAUUCCAACAGAACUGCAGCAGCUCUGGAAGGAAGUGACAAGCUCGCACACAGCGGAGGAGGCAGCCAGCAACAACCACAGCAGCCUGGACCUGUCCACCACCUGCGUCUCCUCCUCUGCGCCCUCCAAGACCUCCUUAAUCAUCAACCCACACGCCUCAACUAAUGGACAGCUAUCAGUCCACACUCCUAAACGGGAGAGUUUAUCCCACGAGGAGCACUCACACAGCCACCCGCUGUACGGACACGGCGUAUGCAAAUGGCCGGGCUGUGAAGCAGUAUGUGAAGACUUCCAGUCGUUCCUAAAACAUCUCAACAGUGAGCAUGCGCUGGAUGAUAGAAGUACAGCCCAAUGUAGAGUACAAAUGCAGGUUGUACAGCAGUUAGAGCUACAGCUUGCAAAAGAUAAAGAGCGCCUGCAAGCCAUGAUGACACACCUGCAUGUGAAGUCAACUGAACCAAAAGCCACCCCUCAGCCCCUGAAUCUGGUAUCGAGCGUCACGCUUUCCAAGACGGCGUCCGAGGCGUCUCCGCAGAGUUUACCUCAUACUCCCACCACCCCGACUGCGCCCAUCACUCCCGUCACGCAGGGACCGUCGGUCAUCACUACCACGAGCAUGCACAACGUCGGGCCCAUCCGGAGGCGGUACUCGGACAAGUACAACGUCCCCAUCUCUUCAGCAGAUAUUGCCCAGAACCAAGAAUUUUAUAAGAACGCAGAAGUUAGACCGCCAUUCACGUAUGCAUCUUUAAUUAGACAGGCCAUCCUGGAAUCUCCUGAAAAACAGCUAACACUAAACGAAAUCUACAACUGGUUCACGCGAAUGUUCGCCUACUUCCGACGCAACGCGGCGACGUGGAAGAAUGCAGUGCGUCAUAAUCUUAGUCUUCACAAGUGUUUUGUGCGAGUAGAAAACGUUAAAGGGGCAGUAUGGACAGUGGAUGAACUAGAGUUCCAAAAACGAAGGCCACAAAAGAUCAGUGGUAACCCUUCUCUUAUUAAAAACAUACAGACCAGCCACACCUACUGCACACCUCUCAAUGCUGCUUUACAGGGAGAAGAAGCAGCUCUCUCCCCACUCUGUCUGUGGAAGGCUUCAAUGGCUGAGAACAGUAUACCUCUAUACACUACUGCUUCCAUGGGAAAUCCCACUCUGGGCAAUUUAGCCAGUGCGAUGAGGGAAGAGCUCAAUGGUGCAAUGGAGCAUACGAACAGUAACGGGAGUGACAGCAGUCCAGGACGUUCCCCUAUGCAAGCGAUGCACCCCGUGCAUGUCAAAGAAGAACCAUUGGACCCAGAUGAAAAUGAAGGCCCACUAUCCUUAGUGACAACAGCCAACCACAGUCCAGAUUUUGAUCAUGACAGAGAUUAUGAAGAUGAACCUGUAAAUGAGGACAUAGAAUGAGUAUGUCUGACAUCGUUAUCCUGAGAAUGAAGAUUGGAAGAACACGUCAAACUUAGCUGUGAAAUCUCUCCAUUAUUGUACAGUCUGGAGGAUUCUCAGUCCACUUUGACAACUAUGAAAUAUGUUAACUCUUAGUGCCAUCAAGUAUCCCAUUUGGGAGUAUUUUUGAUUUUUCUACUUUUUGUUGAAAAAAGGAAUUUGUACUCUGUGCAUUGGAUGGACUUGUUUGGUACUUGGGAUUUUCCUCUCUUACAGUCAACAUCAGUGUUGUAAAUUUGCUAAACUGAUUCACUUGCAUUUAGCAGCCAGCUGUGGACUGCAGGUCCUGCCAAUUUUGGACACUUGAGGACAUCAAACUGAGCAUGUACACCUGAACUGCAGAUCAAGUCUUUGCCCAGAUUUUAAGGAUUCCAAUGGACAACAUAUUUGCACAGUACUGCAUGUUGAUUAUCACUGCCUUUACUCCAUUUUAUUUUUUUUUUUUUCGUUGGUUGGUUACCUUUUUUUUUUUCCUUUUUUUUUUUUUUUUUGCUUCCAUUUGGGAUGGGGAAGGCCUGUGUGUGCACGUGUGUGGGUAUGUGUGUGUGCGUGUGAGCGUGUAUAUCGGGGAGGGGUUCAAAGAAAAAAUUAUCCCAAACUUUUUAAUGUAUUGCUUUUAUUCCCUCGCCCCACUUCUCCUCUACCAUUUUAAGUUCUGACCUCAGGCCUCAUCUGGGCCCAGGGCCUCUCGGAGGCUUCAACGUUUUCUGUACUUUGUGAUGAAUGUUAAUAGGUGUUUUUAUUAUACGAAGCUGAAUGUCAUUGAAUUGUUUGUAGUUUUUUCUGUCAUUCAUUCCAGUUUCCUUCAGAUGCCACCAUGUUUUCUUUAGCUAUGGAAAACAUUCCAUUUCGGUGUCUCCUUUUUCGUUGUUGUUGUUUUUUGAAGAGGUCCCAAAUGCUGCACGAUACAUGUGGAAGGGUUGUCCAACGGAGAGAGAGGAACGAAGUACUGCAAGAAUGAGAAUGAAUGACAGAUGAACAUAGAAACACUGUAGGAAGCAACACAGAUUCAUUCCACAAAGCAGUAUUUUUAAUAUAUUCUUGUUUUGUUUGGGUUUUUUGAUUUUUUUGGGUUUGUUUUUUUUUUUUUGGCAGCAACGGUGAAUAUUAGCAAAUGCCACAAAAUUGAACAGCACAAAGAAACAUAUGCAGCACCAACAGAGUUCACUUUUAGUAGAGAAUGAAUAGUACAGUGGCAGGUUCUCGGUUGUUUAACACGAGACCUAAUGGGUCAACAAAUCAUUUUGGAAUAUCUAAGAUUACCGAGAUGGGCACCUAAACAUUUAUUAUUACAACUUUAUUUUUUUUUCUAUUAUUUUUUUACAUUUGCAUUUGCAAAUAGUGGUUGGAAAGAUGACUUCCUUAAAUUGUUACCGUUCGUGGUGAUGUUUCACGGUUGAACAUCAGUUCAGGAUUGCUUGGUGGCGUUAAUCUGUUUGAAUACAAAUUAGAUUUCAGAUUGAACUUGUUACAGGAGUUAAUAAGGACGGGGCCCCACUAAUGCUAAAGUGUUAAUUUUCAGCUGUGCAAAUCCAGUACUGCAGUUAGGAUUGUUAUGCAAUAUUACACCAGCCAGUAUGGAAACCUCGCCGGAGGAGUCGGGAGAGUUGGGAGAGAAUUGGCGCCGGGGCUUGUUAGGCAAAACUGGCAAAGCUCUGCAAAGCAAACACGACAUACAAAAUCUGUUGCGAUAGGUCAGUAAACCUCAGUCACCAAACACCUAAACAUUUUCAUUCUGCAACCACUUCUCCGUCACUCAUUUAUUUAUGUAGGACUGUAGCUUUUUUUUAUUAUUUCGAAAAGCCUUUCAGAGCUUAAUUUAUAUUCUUCUUUGUACCUUUUUUUUUUUCCUAAAAUUACCAAAGAUAUUACACAAAGGUAAAUUAUGUUCUCUGUUAUAUGCUUUAUCUUAUGAAGCCAAAUAUCCUCUUAUUGUUGAUCAAAGGAGGUUGAAGAAUUUAGAGGGAAAUGACAAGAUGUGGGCUAUUGCUAACCUGAGAGGGAAACUGCUCCUUUAUUCUAGAAAAUUUAGAAGGCCAAGUAGAUGUCUGAACCAAAGUUGUUACUUUUUAUUUGCAAUUCUUUACAGUGACCAAAAUGAAAGUCUGUAAAGAGGAAUCGAGGAGAGCUUUUGAGGUUAAAACUAGGAAUCAGUGUUACUGGGGGAGCUAUGAGAAGGGAGCUGAAGAAAGCAAAGACACAAUUAUUUCUUGGAAAAUUAGAGUAUCAGAUAAAGGAGACAGUUUAACAAAACACAGAAGAGAACAGAAAAGCUCCCACAAUUUAACUGGACGACAUAAUGGUAUUUCUAGAAUUAAAAGAAAAAAAAAUUGUUUUUGGUCUUUGGUUCUACAGAUUGUGUGCCACUUCUGUUCCGGGACUGUGCUGGGAUGACUGCUUUAAUUUUGGUUGAUCUUGGCACAUUUACUCAGUUUUGUUUAGUUUUUGGUCAGCAUUUUUCAUAAGGAAAUAACACUCCUGUCCACUCAUAAGCUUUGGUACAAGAAAUUUUAUUGGCAGUUACUUUUAUAAAACUCCACUCUGCUUUCUGUUUCAAAAUGACAAAGAAAAAAGAAAAAAAAAAAAAAAAAAAAGAAAAAAAGGGCAGUCUGUGGUCAUUUGGAAACUUUUUUUUUUCUUUUUUUCUUUUUUUUUUUUUAAAGUUUUGGUUUAAAUUAUAUCCAGGCAGCUUCGUGACGUGCCGGCGGUAGCCAGACAGGGAUCAUGAGAAUUGAGCUCUGUGCUUCGAAACUGAGUGGUUUGCUGGUUAGUUCGGUAUUCAGAAGGGGGAUAAAAAUCUGGUAGAUUAGUUCAUUCUCAGCAUGUGUAGCUAGACAUGAGUAAAGAUAACAGCAUGAGAAACUGUUAGUACGCAUACCUCAGUCCAAACUGUUAGGGAAUGAGUAAAUAAAAAAUACAUUUCACUCAGUUGCACUUAGUUGUAUGUCUUGCAUGCUUAGUCUAAAGACUGUAGCAAAAAUAAAAAAAAUUAAAAAAAGAGAAAAAGAAACAAAAAAUUAGAGUUUAACAUAUCUGGCAGGUGUUGCAGCCUUGCAGAAGAACCAACUGAAAAUCUCAGGCUUUACAUCAAGCAAACUUCACUAUGAUUUUUACAAUUCUGAUUCUGUAUCCCUUUGGAUAUACAGUUGCUUCUUUAGGGAGGGGUUUAUUAUGUUGUACAUAUAUAUCCCACUGUGUCUGUGUGAGCCUUUGUCUUUUGGGGGGAGGGUGGGGAGGGAGGAAAAGGUGGAAAGGUCCUUUUUUUAGAUAUCAUUCCUCAAAAGGAAUAAAUGCAGACCUGUUUGUCAAAACACCUUUUGCUUUUUGUGCAACUGCUUUAUAUUAACUAUACUAAAAAAUAGCUUUGAAAAAAAAAAACUACUGUAUGUAAUGGAAUUGCAGAAUACGCUGCACAUGUAUUUUAUUUAGUUAUCCUUGCUUUAAGAAUAUUGGAUGACAUUUGCUGACAUGUGGGAGAAAAUCCCUGACUUUUUUUUUUCAGCUUUUAAAUUGUAACAUAGUUGACAGAUUUUUUUUUCUCCUGUUAUCAUUGAUCGAAGCAUUUUUGUACAGUUUUUGUGUUUAAGCUGGUUUUUUUGAUACUUUCCCACCCCUUCUGUUAUCUUACCACUGCCUUUUCUGGCUGUCUUAAACAAAGUUCAUAUAUUUGAAAUGAAAAAAAAAAAAUCAUUUAAAAAAAAAAAAAAUGUUUUUCUCCUGCUGCAGUAAAUAUUUUGCAUGAUGAAUUCCAGGGUCACACUUUCAAAGUUUAUCAGUGAAGUAGUGAUUAAUAAUGGGGAGUGUCAAACUAUUGAACUUUUUGUAUAAAAAAACAAAAAAAAAACUUUACAAGGUGCCAAGAUGUAAAGACAAUUUGUUACAUGUUUUUUUUCUCAAAGAAAAGCGUACAUUAUGAAAGUAGUACCAUGUAUCAGGUAAAUCGCUGUCAGGAAUGAGAGUCAAAGCCUUCCUUGUCCACAAAAAAAAAAAAAGUUUGUAAAUGUAAAACCUGUUAGGUUUCUGCAUUCAACUAGAAGUGAAAUGAAAAAAAAAUAAAAUCAAGGCUUAUGUAGAGCAAGUGACCACAAAAAAUAUGACCUUUUUUGAUUCUCACUCGCAAGAGUCCCACUGCAGGUCCUGCACCUCCCCUUUCCUGGAGCUCAGCUUUGGGGAAAGACUGGGGCAGGGAUGCUGGUUCUACAAAUAUUGCAGAUCAUUAGAUAUUUUAUAUAUAUACAUACAUAAAUAUAUAUAUAUAUAAAGUUUUUUAAAAUAAUUUUGAACUAUUGUAGUUUUCAGAUCGCCAAUAAUCUCACGUUCAUUAUAGCAUGGAAAAAAAACCAAAUCCGAACGUGUUUCAACUCUUUUGAAAUCCUUUGGUACCUUUGGUUAAUGAACUCAGAGUGAUUUUUUAGAUGUUUCAGAAGUCAUUUAGUAUUCUAGUCUUGCGAGGUGAAUUUGCAGUUCAGGACUGCAUUCUAAUGGGCCCAGAACAGGUAAUCAAGUAUCUUCUACCCAUAAGCCUUGAUGAAAAUGGUACAGUCCAGACUGUUAGCAUGGUGCUUCGUGUGUAUGUGCUGCCAGUAACAAGAUUUUUUUUUUUUUUUUUUUUGAUAAGGCAUAAAAGAAACUCAUUCCUUACAUCAACUGUAAUUCCAUCAUUCCAUGUCUGUUGAUACAGACAAUAAAAAAUGUUGUGUAGUCAGUACUAAUUACUGACAUUAUAGCAUUCUCAAAUGCAAUAAAAAUGCUGGUUGUUCACACUGGUAAUGCAAGUUGCCAUGUCCGAAGUUCUUGUUUUGUGUUCCCCCCUCCUCACAGUGGCUCUGAUGUCGCAUCCCAUGGUCCCUGAUCCGUGGGCACCUCAUCCAAGUCCCAGCUCAUUCAUGGAUGGACAAAUCUCAUCUCUUCCCUUGAGUGUCCCCCAACCACAUCCAAGUACAAAAUAUUUUAGUAGUGCUUUGAUGGACAGCUUGUACUGAGCACUGGAAGCAAGGAAGGCACUGUCAUUCGAGGAAUUAAUGCUCUUUUCCGAGGAAGUCCUUCAGUUUUUCCCAUUGGGGUCACAGGGGGUUAUUUGCUUUCUCAUUGGAGUCUGUUUCAAGGGUUGAAGGAAGGGGUUGGGGUCUUCAUCCUGCAGCUCCUUCCCAGUGCAGCACCCUGGUGGGAAUGGUGCUGCUGGCUUUGGAUGGAAGGGCUGGGAAUGUGCACUGCACCCCUGCCAAAAGGAUCCACCCCUUGGUCCACAAAACUGUGAGGAGCAAAGUCCCAAGGGCCACUGUCACCUGAGACAAACUAAAGGAAAAGCUCACCUUUUUCUUUCGAGUAAGCACACAUUUAUCUUCCUCAUCAAGUUUUGUAAAGAAAAAUAAAAUGUUUAAUAGCUAGCAUUAGCAGCAAACUGAAAUUUCAGAGGAGAGAUUUUUCAUGAAUAAUUCAUUAAAAUUUCACAUCUGCAAGAUUAGUC